CAAUUCGCGCCGCUGACCAGUCCAUCUGAUGGCCUGUAUCCCACUGAUGGCAGAAGAGAGCGUUGUUGUUGUGUCCCCUGGAUAUAGCAUACUUAUGCUGAGCCAGGCGCUUAGUGAAACUGGCGCCCAUCUCGCCGAAGUAUUGCUCGUCACAGGUGCUACAAGGAACAGCAUAGGUGCCCACCUUCGAGGAAGAGGGAGGGCUAGUGUGGACCAGGUUUCGACAGAGAGUGUUCACCUGGCGAAAGAUCAGCCUGCAGUUGAGAGUGUGAAGAGGGCGGCGGAGAGAGUAGAUCUCCUCCGUGUAGGGCAGGCUGAGGACGGACAGAUGGUUCCUGAUGAUCCGAUGGUCGCUUGGGUCGUCGCGUGCCAAGGUAGCGGGUGCGGCGGAGGUUUCGCAUUGAGGUGCAACAUUCAGUAGCGAGGAGGGUCAAUCAUCUUCAGAAGCUGAAAU